AUGCCGAGCCCCAUCAGAGCGUCGAUGAGCGGUGAGAUAUGGGAUGAGCAGGGGCCUUUUGCCAAUCUGUUGUACUUUGAGCUCAGUGUCCUGUGUCAGACGGAGGCCGCCUUGAUUUCCUGGUCUUUCUCCGCACCUUCCGAUGCACGUCUGCAUGAAAAUCCCGCACGCGCGUGCUCGUUAGGGCGUGUUGCUCUUUCCCGUACCUCGUUAAGCUCGCGGAAGCAUGUGUGCGCUCUUCAAUUCCGCUCGCCAUUCUUCUUGCACACCAUCACUCCCACCUCCUUGGACGCCAUGCAGACCGGGCGUCUCGCAUCGAUCGGAGACCAGCUUUCGAACUGGUCUCAAACACCUUUGCAUCCCCUCUUCCCCGUCGGCGCGCUUGGAUUGAUCCACGCAGUGAGGGUCAGCCAUGCUACACGCCAGGUCGCAGGAAGCCACAAGAGCCGUCUGGGCGUGUGGCAGGGCCUUGUGCUCAACCAGAUUCUCAUGUUUGGAGGUGUCGUGAUCAGCGGCAUGCUUCUCGGCAUUCCGUCGCCGCUGCUUAGCGCCUGGCCCGUCGUCGCACUCUACGGCGGCGUCCAUGUCGCACUCGAUGUCACGCCUGCUGGUAAGGCGUUGCUUCAUGCCCAAGAUGUCGAGCUUGUAGGAACACUAAUGGACCUGUCUUUCGCACUGCUCGACGGCAUCCUUCGAGCCGAAGGCAUCAUCGAUCUGGGCGUCGAACCGGUUUUGCGGCACGCAUCUCGCCAAGUCGCCACCUCGCUGUUUGCCGUUCUUCUCAAUGCUGCCAUCGUGGGUGGAGGCAUCCCUCUGCUCAUCGAUUUGUUCCGCCUCGACUCGACGACGGGAGAGUGGGGCGUUCGAAGUCCUGCGUGGGCCAAGAAUCCGUUCAGCGGCACCAACGAUAUGCUCAGCUCGGCGUUCCUCGCGCUCGUCUAUCUCACACUAGCCAGCCCGGCCACGGCGCCGAUUGCACUGCUGCGCGAUGCGCUCCAUGCGUUCGGCGCCGAGAGUCUGGACGCAAGGGAUGUUCGCACGCUGUGCUCCCUUCUGCUUGGCUCCAUCCUCCUAUCAGAGAAAGCGACCGUGCUGUCGAAUCAGCAAGCGCAGCACGAGAUGGCCAAGAACGGCUCCGUCAAUGGCAACACAAAGUCCAAGUCCAAGUCAGCCAGGAAGCUCCAGUAG